AUGUGUGGCCCUCGGAGACUCCAGUGGCCCUCGGAGCACAACGCUUUGGUUGUGGAACAGGAGCUGGAGCAGCUGACGCCCAGCAUCAGUGAAGUCAGAGCCCAGCAGCAGCUGAGGGACCGGUCACCUCCCUCUGCAUCACAUGAGCGCUGCCUGCCCACUGCCUACAACAAUAUUAGCCUUCAGUACUGCUACAGCCCACCCCUGCCGCUUGUUUCUCCCAAGGUCAGCAAGCAAGCCAGCGGGCAGAGAGGACCACUCAACUCCUCCCACACCGGACAGAUUCGCUCCACAGCUCAUUUAAAGAGCACUUACCUUCUUCUCCUUCGACUCGGGGCGAGGGCUAUAGGCACAGGGCAGUAA